AUGCUAAGAUUACUGAAGAAUUCACGUUUAUCAAAAUCUUCUUCAAUUGCAAUCUCAUUGAGAAGAUUCAACUCAAGCAAAGUUGAUAUUUCUAACGAGAAAUACAGCAGUUUGUUUCAAGCUAAUGAUAAAUUCGGUGAUCUAGAUACUUUCCCAAGAAGACAUUUGGGACCAAAUCCCAAUGAUGUUAAGACCAUGCUUCAUGAUGUCAAUUCCCAAAAUUUCUCGGAGUUCAUUAAGAAUGUAAUCCCAGAUUCUGUUUAUGUAGGUAGAAAAUUAAAAGUUCAGCCCUUAAAUGGCUAUUCGGAAACUGAAAUGAUUGACAGGCUGAAACAUUUAGCUUCCAAAAAUAAAGUUUUAAGGUCUUAUAUUGGUAAAGGUUAUUAUGGUACAAAAUUACCACUAGUUAUUCAAAGAAAUCUAUUGGAGAAUCCUGCAUGGUAUACUUCCUAUACACCUUAUCAAGCUGAAGUUUCUCAAGGUAGAUUGGAGAGUCUACUUAAUUAUCAAACAGUUGUAUCGGAUCUGACUGGCUUGCCAAUCGCCAAUGCUUCUUUAUUAGACGAAGGAUCGUCGGCUGCAGAAGCGAUGAUUUUGUCAUUUAACAAUUCAAGAGGCAAAAAGAAUAUUUAUUAUGUUGAUGUUAAUAUUCAUGAACAAACUUAUAGUGUUCUCAAGAGUAGAGCGAAUACCCUCAACAUUGAAAUUAAGGCAGUUGAUCUUUUUUCAAAGGAGGGCAUUAGUGAAUUGAAGGAGAAUAUCAGCCAAACUUGUGGUGUCUUAGUUUCCUACCCUCAGAGUAAUGGUCAAAUUCCAGAGAUAACUAAAUUACAAGCAAUUUCCAAUUUGGUACAUGAUAGUAAAGGCUUAUUAUCGGUAGCCUCUGACCUGUUGGCUUUAACCUUAUUACAUCCACCUUCCUCUUUUGGUGCAGACAUCGUUCUUGGUUCAUCUCAGAGAUUUGGUGUACCAAUGGGCUUUGGAGGCCCCCAUGCUGCUUUCUUUGCGGUCACUAAACAAUUGCAAAGAAGGAUGCCGGGUAGAUUGAUUGGUAUAACCAAAGAUAGAUUAAAUAAACCAGCUUUGAGAUUGGCCUUGCAAACUAGAGAACAACAUAUUAAAAGAGAAAAGGCCACAUCAAAUAUCUGUACUGCACAAGCUUUAUUGGCUAAUAUUGCUGCAAAUUAUGCAGUUUAUCACGGUUUAGAUGGUCUUAGAAAUAUUUCUAGCAAGAUAUAUGGCUUGACAACCUUACUUGCACAAGAAAUCAAGGAGAACAGUAAUCAUGAGAUAAUCAAUAAUUCAUGGUUUGAUACGUUAUGUAUCAAAUUGAAUGGUACUAAUUCUGAUGAAUUAAUGAAAAAAGCAGUUGAAGAAUUUGGCAUCAAUUUGUUCAAAGUUAAUGGAUCUACUGUUCAAUUAUCAUUUGACGAGACGGUUACAAAAAAUGAUUUAGUAGAUUUGGUUGAACUAUUUACUGGUGCAAAAAAAGAUUCAAGUGAUCUUUCUACUCUACCAGAAUUUCCAAACGAAUGGUUAAGAAAGGAUGUUAUCUUCACCAACCCGGUCUUCUCCAAGUAUCGUUCGGAGACAGCAAUGUUGAGAUAUCUCUACUCUUUACAACAAAAGGAUAUUUCGUUAGCUUCUUCAAUGAUCUCUUUGGGCUCUUGUACCAUGAAACUAAAUGCGACUGUUGAAAUGAUCCCAAUUACUUGGCCUGAGUUCGCCAAUCUUCACCCGUUUGUCCCAAGAGACCAAGCUAGAGGUUAUAUGGAAUUGAUCAGUGAAUUGGAGGAAGAUUUGGCUGACAUCACUGGAUUUGCUAAAACCACUUUAAUGCCAAAUUCAGGCGCACAGGGUGAAUAUACUGGUUUGUCUGUUAUUAAGCAAUAUUUACAUGUUAUUAAAGGCGAAACCAACAGAAAUAUUGUUUUGAUCCCGAUUUCUGCUCAUGGUACUAAUCCAGCUUCGGCUUCAAUGGCUGGAUUCAAGGUUAUCCCAAUUAAAUGUUUAUCUAAUGGUAAUUUAGAUUUAGUUGAUCUAAAGAAACAAGCAGAAAAACAUGCUGCUAACUUAGCCGCCAUUAUGGUUACUUAUCCUUCAACUUAUGGUCUGUUUGAACCAACUAUAAAAGAAGCUUGUGAGAUCAUUCACCAACAUGGUGGUCAGGUUUACCUCGAUGGUGCUAAUAUGAACGCUCAAGUUGGUCUAACAUCUCCAGGUGAUUUAGGUGCUGACGUUUGUCAUUUGAAUUUACAUAAAACUUUUGCCAUUCCUCAUGGUGGUGGUGGUCCAGGUGUAGGUCCAAUUUGUGUUGCAUCGCAUUUAGCAGAUUUAUUGCCAAAACAUCCGUUAUGUGCCACCUCAAAUGCUAACAUUGAGAAUGCAAUCAAUCCAGUUUCAAGUGCACCUUUUGGUUCUGCUUCAAUUUUACCAAUUCCUUAUGCUUAUAUCAAGGGCUUAGGUGGCAAUAAUAUCCCAUAUUCAUCUGCAACUGCCAUCCUCAAUGCUAAUUACAUGAUGUAUAAAUUAAAGGAUGCUUAUAAGAUUAUGUUUUUGGGUGAAAAGUCAGUUGAUGGUUCUGCUGAAAUUAAGUAUUGUGCACAUGAAUUUAUCAUUGAUUUAAGACCAUUCAAAUCUAUCGGUAUCGAAGCAAUUGAUGUUGCUAAAAGAUUACAAGACUAUGGCUUUCAUGCUCCAACCAUGUCGUUCCCAAUCCCAGGUACUUUAAUGGUUGAACCAACUGAAUCUGAAGACAAGGCCGAAUUGGAUAGAUUCAUUGAUUCAAUGCUAUCAAUUAGGGAGGAAAUCCGAGCAGUUGAAGAAGGUAAAAGUGAUGGUGCUAUCUUGAAAAACUCACCACAUCCAUUAUCGGAUUUGUUAGAGACUAGUGAGGAUGAAUGGUCAAAGAGGGGAUAUACUAGAGAACAAGCCGGUUUCCCAUUGCCACAUUUAAAGAACUUUAAGACAUGGCCAACUGUUGCUAGAGUUGAUGAUACAUAUGGUGAUCUAAACCUAAUGUGUACAUGUCCGACGGUGGAAGAAGUCGCAGAAAUGAAUAUUUAA